UAAUAUGCAAUCAUUUUUCAAUUCUAAAAAUUGCAGGUAUAUAUUUUGCUAAUUUUAUCGCUAGAUUUUCGCUGGAUUGAAUCAUUGACUAAAGAUAGAAUAGACCAGACAUGAAAUGAGAAUUCAUAUCUCAGAGUCUGAAAUACCGACCAGGAAAAGAAUCACUAAUUUUUUAGUGGACUAUACGCUUAAGCACAGACGAGAUAUAUAUAUGAAUUAAUCAUCUGCGAAUUAAAGCAUGCAUAAUAAAAACUAAUUUUUUUACUCAAUCGUAUUUCAGGAUAUAUAAAUCCUACAAAACGACGUACCUAUUUUGUACCUUAUCCAUGGUUUUAUUUAGUAGUCCUAUACAAGCCACAGACUUGUCUGUGACAAGUCUAUUCUGUCGUUAGUCGAUGAUAAAAGGUAUUUAUCGAUCGUUUUAGGCGCUAAAGACAAGUAUAGUAUGUAGGACAGUAUGAAUCUAAUGUUUUAAAAAAAGAAGUAUUCAAUGUUUUCAAAUUGUGUGUAGAGUAAAUUAAUGUUUGAGUUGUAUAAAAGAUGGGAGUAGGUAAAAGUCAGUUUUCUGAAGAAGAAUUACAAGCUUAUCAGGAUUUAACAUACUUUACGAAGAAAGAAGUUUUGCAUGCACAUCAAAAGUUUAAAGCACUUGCUCCAGAAAAGGUUGGUCAUAAUAGAAAUGCAAAACUUCCAAUGUCCAAAAUUUUACAAUAUCCUGAAUUAAGAGCAAAUCCUUUUGGAGAUAGGAUUUGUAAAGUUUUUAGCUCUAGUCAAGAUGGAGAUUGUACAUUUGAAGACUUUUUGGACAUGAUGUCUGUUUUUAGUGAUGCAGCUCCAAAAGCUGUAAAAGCAGAACAUGCUUUCAGAAUAUUUGAUUUUGAUGGAGAUGACAUGCUUGGUAUUGGAGAUUUAAGACAGGUUGUAGACAGACUUACUGCUCCUCAAAGAUUAAAUGAAACGGAUAUGCAACAAGUUCUUCAAUAUAUACUUGAUGAAGCAGACUUAGAUGAUGAUGGUGCACUUAGUUUUGCUGAAUUUGAACAUAUCAUAGAAAAAAGUAGCGAUUUUUCAAAAAGUUUUUGCAUACGUUUAUGAAACAAAACAUUUGUGAAAGGUAGUAAAAGGAUAACAUAAGACUGAAUAUUAUAUAAACAUUGACAUACUUUAAUAUAGUUAAUAGGCCUAAUAAUUUUUAUUACAAAAGAGAAAAUGAUUCUAAAACUUUAAAAAAUAUGCCAAUGUUUCCUGAAGGCCUACUAUGCUAAAACUAACUUUGUUUUUCUAAUAACAUCAUCCUUUUUAUAUGCAUUAUAAAAUAUUUUACUAAUCUAAAUUAAUGGUAUAUACAUUGUAUACAUUAUAAAAUAUUUUACUAAUCUAAAUUAACGGUAUAUGUUAUUUAAUUUUAAUGUUUAUUUAUCACUGAUUUUUAUGAAAUAUUAAUGUGUAACAUAAUUUCAUACUAAGAGAAAGAUUAACAUUUAUUUAAUAAUAUUAAAUUCACUGCCUUAAUGUGUUUUUAUUUUAUCAAAUGUAAUUAACUUUGUUAAUUUUAUAAUAAGUGGUCAGUAUUAUAUAUUUCAGUAAGAUUAAAGUUUUUUUUUUUUAUAUACAAUUAUAUGAUAAACAAAUUUUUCUAUAUAUUAUAAUAUACGAAUUGUUAUUAAUUGAUUAUUACCCGUUUUAACAUAAUUCUGUUUUUUUAAAUAUUAUUUGUUAAUUUUUUAAAAAGCUUGAAAGUCGAGUUCGCGAAUAAAAUUAGCCCUUAUUACACAAGAAUUACAUUGUGGAGCACUGCGUUGGAAUUUAGGCCAGUAUUAUACAAUACUUUUUAAAUGGUAAUGACAAAUUCAGGUUACGUGGACGUAACAUCCUUUGCUUUAUUGCCCUUAUGUAACUGUAGAGCUAUGGAAAAGUAAUCUCUGUUAUUUGAUUCUUUAUAAUAAUUUUUUAAUUUAAUCCUUACUAAUUUUAAUAAUAUCUUACAGUAAAAUAUAGUAAGAUAAGCAAAUAAAGAAUCAAUGAUAUUUAUAUUAUUUUUUACACAAUGUGUAUUCUACAUAUAAAGAUUUAAAGUGAACAUUUGUAUGGCCCAGAGAAAAAUCUGUUUGCCAAAUUUUUGAUAAUGAAGUAUGUUAAACCUAUUGUAUCAACGUAUGUCAAAUAUAGAAUAAUAAUGCAUUAUC